AGCAAUUCAUGCAUUGCAUCAGCAUCCUCUUUCAUCGUGCUGAUUCAUCGGACAGAUCAUGUCUCCCUUCUGGACCCUCCUCCUUCUCCUGAUCCUCUCUCAAGCCGCCACAGCCUUAUGGCCAGCCAGCACCCACGCCCACACAACAACCAUCACCGAACAUCACCACCAUUACCAUACCACCACCAUCUUCAAGCCGACCGUGCCGACAAUCAGCUCACCUCCUCCCGAACCAUCAAAUUUCUCGCCUUACGACUUCACCGAAGAAGAUCUCGUCAAUGCGGUGAGGGAGGAGGUCAAGGCCGGUCGUGCUUCGGGGUGGUAUGAGGUGGUGAAACUUGUGUGUUGUUUUUGUGUUGGGCUGUUGCUGCGCUGGUUGUUUGGGCUGUGAGGGAUCAGGAGGUAGGGAGAGGUGAGGGAGGCAGGGGUGAGGAGAGGGGGCUGGAGGGGGUCGUUGAUGAGUUAUAUCAGGGGUAGGGUUGGUGUAUUGCUGUUUAGCAUUGUGAACGGAUUUUGUUUCUUCUGCCUGUGUCUUGUGUUGUGACUACCUGUCGUGAUACAUGAUGUUUUGUGAUCGGCAUGAGAUGUCCAAGGAGAGACCCACUCUUGUCGACUCUGGUUGUAAAAGGAAAUUAGGGGGUAGAUGUGAUGUUGUUCAAAAUAUGGUAUGAGUAACGUGG